UUUUUGCAAAAAGAAUAAUUUUUCAUAUGUAUAACGUGUACGAGAUUCUCAUAAAAUUUCAUUGCACAUCAUCGAAUAUCGGUAGGUAUAUAGUAAAACUUAACGAAGAACAACAAAAAUCAUCGCAGAAGAACAUUCAUUCUAAACAAAUAAGUACCGUAAUAGUUCCACGUAGUUGCACAUUUACUCCCUCAUUAUCUAAAUUACUUCGUGCACUUCAUCGUUGUUUCUGUUUCAGAUCGCGAAGACCAAUUUCUCGAGCAAUUCACGAAUGCAUCAAAUGUGGAGCCUGCUUCUGUCACAUGAGGAAGCUGGUAGAACACCUGAAGAACCUCCAUGGUAUCGACAGAGCCUUCAGCUGCGACGAAUGUGGCAAAACUUUCAGAAGUCCCAUGAACAUAGCUCGUCAUAAAUUAAUUCACACUGGCUUUAAAAGAUUCGCUUGCGACUUAUGCGAUUAUAGAUCAAACCAAAAGUCAAACCUCGAGAGCCAUCGUCGGAGACACACCAAAGACUAUUCAUUUAAAUGCGAACAAUGUGAAAAAGGCUUCUUCCUGAGAACAGAAUACUUAGAACAUAUAAAUGUUCAUACUAGGAAGCAAUUGUACAAAUGUGAUCACUGUAGCAAGUCAUACCCUUACAAGAAGAACCUGACAAAUCACUUAAGAACGCAUCAUGCGAGUGUCUCGCAGUUAGAAUUAAGAAAUGACGUGACAAAGAAGCACGUGUGCACAAUUUGCCUGGAGGGUUUCACGCGAAAAUUGUUCUUGGAAAGGCACUUGAAGCAACGACACGGUUUGUACGAGAAAAUGAAGCAUUUAUGCGAUCUGUGCGGAGCAGUUUUGUCUUCCAAGAGGAGGUUGAUGGUGCAUAGGCGGAGUCACGUUAACGAGAAGAUCGUAAAAUGCGAUUUAUGCGACAAGCAGUUCUCUAGCAAAGAAAACCUCGCUGUUCAUCGGCGAGUGCACACUGGGGAGAAACCGUAUGGUUGCUCGCAGUGUGGAAGAAGGUUUACACAGAGGACUUCUUUGAUAUUACAUCUUAGAUAUCAUUCCGGGGAAAGGCCGUAUCAAUGCGCGGAUUGUGGGAAGGGAUUCGUUUCUGCGAGUUUCCUGAAGAAACAUCGAAAGAUUCAUGAGAAAACUACGCAGCUCGAAACUUAAUUGCGAACGAGAUCGUCUAAUAAAGAGAUACGUGUGUGAGUUCGUAAUUCCUUUUGUUACCAAUGAAAUUUGUUCGUUUUUAAUAAAAAGAUGAUGAUUCAUACAAAUAGAA